AAUAAUGAUUAUAUUAUAGAGGACAAACAAUUUAGUUAAAAUGUCACUGUCAAGUAUAAUUCUUUUUAUAGUAGUAAUAAUAUUGAUUGUCUACGUAUACAAUGGCUUCAAUUUCACCAGUAGCACAGUAGAAAAUGAAGAAAUUGAAUCAAAUGAUCAAAAUAAUUUAAAUGAACAAAAUACACUUAAUGAACAAAAUAAUUUAAAUGGACAAAAUAAACCAGAUGAACGACAGAUAGAAAAAAUUCGUGCGGCAUUCAAAGCGCCUGGAGAAACUCUAUUUACCGGUCCACAAAAGAUUGUUCAGAAAUAUUCAUCCUCAGUCAAUAAUGUUGAGUCCGAAUAUCUCAAGUGGGAAACUGAUAUAACUAAAAUGAAGUCAUUAUGUUUGGAUACUAUUAAAUUACUCGAGUACUAUUUGGUUAAUCCAAACCAAACUAAGGCCAUUGAGAUAGCUGAGUAUCUUAUACAAAAAUUAAUAAAAAAUUUGAAAGAAAAAAAUGAUGAAGCAUAUAGAAAAACAAAUUGGUGGGAAUUUUCUGUUCGAAUGACGCGUUUAUUCGCAAUGUAUGUUUAUAUUGGUAACAAAGAGCAUAUUAAAACAGAGUGUUACCAACAAGUAAUUGGUCUGAUACCAAAAGUUGGUACAACGCUAGAUAAAACCAUGAAUGGUGCAUAUUUAUUAUUUACCACGGUACCUCGUCUAUGUGUUAACUACGUCCACGAUUUACCGACAUUCGAGAGCGACAUCACAUCUGAUGAAUUUACCAAGCUUAAAAAUUUCUUAAAUUUAUCACUUAUUAAUGGAGAUGACAUCAAGGAUGGAUUCUACGCAGACGGAUCUCUACUUAUCAACGGUGCCGUAAACUAUCGUCCGUUGAUGGACGUACAAGAUGUUUGCUAUACCGUUUACACGGCUUUUGAUUUCAAAAGCAACAUCAAGGAGAUAGCGUCAGUGGUACUUCCUAAAUUAACGCAUCCGAGUAUUUCUUCGUUUCCCUUAGGUCUUCUUGGUGAUAAUUAUAACAGGACUGCGAAAAAAUAUUGGAAGUUCGAGACGAAGAAAUCUGAAAUAUCUUUGAUGCCUUUUAUUGGUCUGGGAAUAUUCAAAUGCGAUAAGUUUAUAACAUACGUUCGGGUUCAGAGACCCGGAAUCGCAGCCUAUUUAACGGAUAGUACUCCCAAAGCUGAAUUAGCUGCAGGUUCGGUUCAAUUACGCAGAAUUUAUCACCAGGGGGAUAAAUAUGCCACAUUAGAUGAUAAAACAAUGAUAAAUGAACCAGGAUUACUUACCUUUGAUGGUGACACGCCUUUAAAUAAGCUGACCGUUAGUGGAAAUAAAAAUCCUAAAUCUUAUCACUGUCAAGAAAUCAACUCGUAUGUGGGACGUCUCGACGGCUUGUUGUUUUGGAAGAAUUCGUACAAUUUCAAAGAGGUUUAUGGUGGAGAUGUGAUCGUUAAAGAAGCUGGUGUAGUUACAGAACACGGUAUGCAAGCUUAUUACAUUAUCAAUAAUACAUGCGGGAAAACUUUGAAAUUUUGCUGGAAAGAUGAUGUUCAUACCUUUGAAAAUAAUGCGGUUGAUCCUCCAGUAUUAGAAAAGUUUGUAAAAGUUCCCAGCAGAAACGAGGAUACAAGCUUUCGAUGGAAUAUGAUGCUUACAAAUGAUACUUACAAAGUUGAACUCGAUAGUGCAGGCAACAUGAGCUUUCAAUUCGGCCCAAUGAAUGACAAAUAUACUAUUAAGGUAACAACAGCUAACGAACAGUAUGUCGUAGAACGAGAUGGUAAAGAAGCGUUCAUUGGAACUUCAAGUAGUAUUAUUAAUGGCACUACGAGAUGUCUAGUGGGUACAGAAAUGAGAGAAUAUAGGAGAAACCCCGAUACAUUGAUGUACGAUAUUAAAUGAAUUGAAAUUGAAUAAUUGAUUAUUAUACUGUUCAUU